GGGUAGUCCAUAGUCGCUGCGACCUCUCGAGCGAGCACCACACAAUCGACUUCAGCAAUGAAAAGCUUCCUCUUCGUUGUUGCCGCCCUCGUUGGCAUUGCCUCAGCGCAGUUCCCCGGAGGUAGGAUUCUGGAACCGCCGGUACCUGCUCUGUGUGCUCAGAGGCAGAUUCACGAACGCACCCCUGAUGGCAAAGGAUAUCUCUUCAGCUGGAGAGAACCAGCCCUCAAGGGUGUGGAAGAAGAUUGGUUAGGUGGUCGUAACUACUGCCGUCAGCGUUGCAUGGACCUCGUCUCCCUGGAGACUUCCCCCGAGAACGAAUGGAUAAAGCAGAGGAUUGUCAACGAAAAUGUGAAAUACAUUUGGACUUCGGGCCGUCUCUGUGACUUCAAGGGUUGUGACCGUCCGGAUCUCCAGCCGCUGGCUGUCAACGGAUGGUUCUGGACUGCUGUUUUGCAGAAACUGGCACCGACUACCAACCGCCAACAGAAUGACUGGUCCGAAAAUGGCGGCAUUGGUAAACCACAGCCGGAUAACCGUGAAGCCCAACAAGGUGGAGCCACUGAAAACUGCCUGGCUGUAUUGAAUCAAUUCUACAAGGAUGGUGUUAACUGGCAUGACGUUGCCUGCCAUCAUCGCAAGCCCUUCGUCUGCGAAGAGAAUGAAGAUCUGUUGAAAUACGUCCGCUAUACUAACCCCGAGCUGCGUGUUUAAAAGCAUUUGAAUUUUUAUUUUUCUACCAAAUUUAGACGACAAACGAGACGACUUCUUCUAAAAACUGCAAUGUAAUUCCUAGAACCAAAACCGAUAAGUCGACUGAUAUACUCGUACACGUAAAAUAUUAUUUAUUGUAGUUUUACAUGCGUUGAAUGAAAGCAGCUAAUAUCUUGUACAAAUAAAUAACAAUUAAUGAAGA